GUCUUGCGUCAUGAGCGUCCGCCUCGGGUCCAAGGCCGACGUCCUCAAGUCGCUGCGCACUCUGCUCCGACUGAAUCGCAGCACCACGGCUAACAAGGAAUGGAACAACAUCGUUCUUGAAAAGUUCCGCAAACGUCAACACGAGACAGACCGCACGAAAAUCAAAGCAUACCGCGCUGAAGCCAUCGACUUGGUGAAUCUGUGGUCUGGUGUCGAAGAGCAAAAGCGGCUCUGGAGUAUGGAUGCUGGCAUUGAAAAGCGAAUGCGCAACGCGGACAUCGUGAAGAAGUCAGCGCGCCUCGUCGGGCUUCAAAUCCCUGACAUGUACACGGACAAAGUGGAGAACAAACUUUAACAGAAAUCGACACGGACCCACAACACAACUAUUGAAUGGCCCUCCCUCUCUCCCUCCCUCCAUCGCUCCAUCUCGCAAAUGAGGAAACCUGACCUUUGUCGAUAAUGAAGACACCUCCGAAGCCCCAUGAGCUUUCUUGAUUAAGUUGACCGUGGGCAGGCUUUACACUGUUCUUGUGGUUUUCUACUCAGCCAAGGGUGCUCUACUCGCUGUCACCUCCAUCGGCGGGAUCAAUCACGACGCUUCCAUUGCGCAGGUCCUGCACGAGCAAUCGCGUGUACUUGCCGUUUUCCUUGAGCACGAAGAUUUCGGCAGAAGUGAGAUCGCACACGAUCGCAUUGUACGUGAUGACAGUGGUGUCGUCGGUUCCUGACGCAGUUCCUGGCGGCGCAAUAAACUUGGUCACGCGGACGUGAUCGUCUUCUUGUAACACGAGGUCUCGAUAAAGCACCUUGCCCCGCACAAAGCGGGCAAACACACUUGUUGGACAUGCGUCUGCAUUUGCAGACGACGUUUUUCGGCGACGGGAUGCCUCCUCGGACUCAUUGAAUGCUCGCUCCAAGUUCUCCACGAACUCCACGUCCUCUGCAAUCUCGAUCGCCGACAAUGUCUUGUGCAGGGGCGUAAACACUGUGUUGAGGCGUUUGGGUGCCGGUCGUCCCCAGUCGUCGGCAAACCCCAGCGACCCGAGGCCGCGGUUCGAAGUCGGUUUCUUGCUGCUACGCGUCUUGCGCAUGUUUGUUUGUCGUUGGAGAGCGAGUGCCGCCUUGUUGUACGACGCCGACCCGAACCCGGAGCGUUUCUGUUCCUUGACGCGUUCCAUUUCAAGUCGGAUCUCUUCCAGCAUGUCGUUCUUGAGCUUCGAGCAGCUCAAUUCGUAUUCCUUCUCAGCUUCUUCGCAUUCGUACACGUAGAUUACGUCCGCGCUGUGGACAAGGUGCGCCGACAUUGUUUCUGCCCUGGCAAUCGAACGAGCACGCUCGAGCUCCAAUGGCACCAAACGAGACAACAAGUCUUCGUGCGUGUCUGAUUCGAGGAGUGCAAGGGACUUGCGCAGCAUCGUCUGCUCGGCGAUGAGCUUCUGUCGUUUCGUCGCUAACUGCGUCGCUCGGCCCAUCGUCCGAAUCGACCUCGAUGGGAUUCCCGUGUUGUGUGCGAUGUUGUUCAAAAGUUU